AUUUUAAAACCUCUGACAGAGCACACACCUUUUGCUAUUUAUGCCAUGAUAAAGUGGAUCUGGCUGCUGUUCUCCACAUUAUUUCUUCAAGAUAUACGCGCUUCAAGUAAAUGGUGCAAAACUGACCUUUGCAGAGGACAACACGUGCUUUGCGAGGAUAAUGGAAAGUUUCACUCUACUUGUCCUAAACAAGCCACUGCUGUUGUGAAAAUGAGCUGGGAUAUGAUAGACCUCAUUGUGGACCAGCACAAUGAAUAUCGCAACAAGUUUGCCGGCGGAAUGGGUCAGCAUGCGAAGGCGGCCAGGAUGACCACGAUCGAAUGGGAUCCGGAACUGGCCAAAGUAGCUGAUGCUCUGGUGCGUCGAUGUGAGCCCAUCAGGGAUCAGUGUGCCAUCACACCAAACUAUAACCAUGGGGAAGUCAGCUACUCGCUGGAAAAGUACUUCUGCAUGACCUCGAAAAAGGACGCCCUGAGGAAACAACUUGAUCGCUGGUUUGACCCAAACAGCAAAGACGAAGUGCAUAAGCUAUUCUUCUCAUGGACUAGCAAUCAGCAGGAACUGUCCAAAAACUACUUUCAGAUACUGAGGGAUCGAGCAAACCGCGUGGGCUGCGCCAUAGUGGAAUAUAUUCGACCAGCUCUGGUCCACCAGUUGCUGAAGUGCGUUUACAACUGCGGAGUGAGCCAAUGCGAAGAUGAAGAUAAUCCUGUCUACGAGGACACCGAUGAUGCACCCGCUUUGGAGUGCAUGAAGGGAACCAAUAAGAAAUACACGAAUCUUUGCCACAAAGAUGAGCUCGUGAAGAGCUGCAGUGGCGGCUCAUUAUUCGAUGAACCUGAAAAUGAUUAUAAUGAUCAAGAGGAGAAUGUUGAAGAUGAUUAUGAUGUCAAUCGCAUGUCCACCGUGUAUACACUUCCAACUUACGACCCGAAUGACGUGCUGCCACCGAUACCAGACAACCCCGACUUUAAUCCAUAAGACCUUUUAGGAUCACCUAGAAAAAACGGAAAUAAAAGGUAUUAAAUAUUUGUUUUAAAGUUACUUCCGAA